CGAGGGCGGAGGGGGCGGAGGUGCCGCCGGUGCCGCCCCGCAGGAAGCGGAGCCGCCCGAUCCCCGCUUCGCGACAGGGCGAGGGAGCGAGCGAGUGGGAGAGAGGCCGGUAGCGAAGCGUCAUUUUCCGCCGCGGUGCCACCCCGGGACGCCGCUCCGCGAGGACACCGGCCCGGAGCCUGGAGCGGGGCAGCCUCCGCCCCUCCCUGCGUCCGCCCCGUCCUGCGAGGCGGGACGUGACCGCUCCCCCCUGCCCGGCGCGUAGCAGCUGCCCCCUCCCAGCGGAGCCGUGACCCCUCCUCCGGCUCCGCCGCCGCCCGUCCCGAGGAGCGAGCCCGGCACUUGUUGCUGCCGCGAUGGUGACCGGCCCGGCCGAGUAGGGACAGCCGAGCCCGUCGGGGAGAGGAGCGCCGAGCCCGGCCCCGUUCGGGGCAUCGCGGGGUGUUGUCUCCCCGCAGUGACGGCGCUUCCCGGGCGACGCCAAGACUUUGGUCUCCGCGUGGGAAUCGCGCCCGGCAUCACCGCCCGCGCCAGGUGGUCCCGGCGGGCGGAGGGGGCACCGCCGCCUGCCCCAUCCCUCGGCUGCAGCCAAAAUGUCCUUCUUCAACUUUCGUAAGAUCUUCAAGCUGGGCGGCGAGAAGAAGAAGAAACAAUACGAGCACGUCAAGAGGGAUUUGAACCCUGAGGAGUUCUGGGAAAUCAUAGGAGAGCUGGGCGAUGGUGCUUUCGGUAAAGUGUUCAAGGCGCAGAACAAAGAAACCAAAGUUCUGGCUGCUGCAAAGGUGAUAGAUACUAAAUCAGAAGAAGAACUUGAAGAUUACAUGGUGGAGAUUGAUAUUUUAGCAUCCUGUGAUCAUGCUAAUAUUGUCAAGCUCCUAGAUGCUUUCUACUAUGAGAACAAUCUGUGGAUCCUGAUUGAAUUUUGUGCAGGAGGAGCAGUAGAUGCAGUAAUGUUGGAGCUUGAAAGGCCGUUAACAGAGCCACAGAUCAAAGUGGUGUGCAGGCAGACACUGGAAGCACUGAACUACUUGCAUGAGAAUAAGAUCAUCCACAGAGAUCUAAAAGCUGGCAAUAUUCUUUUCACAUUAGAUGGAGACAUUAAACUAGCGGAUUUUGGAGUAUCAGCUAAAAACACCAGAACAAUACAAAGAAGAGAUUCAUUUAUUGGCACACCAUAUUGGAUGGCUCCAGAAGUAGUAAUGUGUGAGACCUCUAAAGACAGACCAUAUGAUUACAAGGCUGAUAUCUGGUCUCUUGGCAUUACUUUAAUAGAAAUGGCUCAGAUAGAGCCACCUCAUCAUGAACUGAAUCCCAUGCGAGUGCUGCUGAAAAUCGCGAAAUCUGAUCCGCCAACAUUGGCACAGCCUUCAAAAUGGUCAUCGGAUUUUAAAGAUUUUCUGAAGAAAUGUUUGGAAAAGAAUGUAGAUGCAAGGUGGAGUGCAAGUCAACUUCUACAGCAUCCAUUUGUUACUGUUACUUCAAAUAAACCAAUAAGAGAAUUGAUUGCAGAAGCUAAGGCAGAAGUUACAGAAGAAGUUGAAGAUGGUAAAGAUGAGGAUGAAGAAGAAGAAACAGAAAACUCUCUGCAGUUACCUGCAGAGAAACGUGCAUCCUCUGACCUUAGUAUUGCCAGCUCUGAAGAGGAUAAACUUUCACAGAAUGCUUCUGUCCUGGAAUCUCUCUCUGAGAAAACAGAAAGUAAUGCCAUUGAGGACAAAACAACUGGAGAUGAAUCUGAGGACAUUAAAUUUAGGAAAACAGCUGAUAACAUACACGAUACUCCCAUUAGCGAUGUGAAAGUGCAGAACGGUUCUUUGCCAACUGGUGAAGAUGAGCAAGGCAAAAUGGUGCCAGCAGAAAAGAAUACAGAAAGCCUGGAAAAAAUGCAUGAGGAUACAGAACCCCAGAAGGGAGGUAAAGAACUUGAUGUGGAAAUAAAGAAUGAACCUAACUUAAAAAUAGAGAAAGAAAAUUCCGUGACAGAUGAACAGAUAGAAGAUGACAAACUGAAAGUAGUACCUGUAACUGAAGAUAGGGUAGAAACUGAAGAAGGCAUUUCUAAGGAAACUGGUGAAAAAGAAGAGGAGAAGGGAAUGGAUCUCUUGGACGGUGAGGAAGAAAAAGUCCCUGCAGAAAAUAGAGAUACAGAGCAAAAGGAAGAUAAAGGUGAAGCUCAGAAAGAGGCAGUAAUAGAUACCACUACAGAAACUCUGCCUAAUGCUACAGUUAAAGUGUCUGAUGAAGAAAAGGAACUAAUAAAGCAUGGAAUUGACAACAUUAAGGAGAUAGGUGCUAUUGCUGAAACACCCAUCAGUGAUGGGGAUAAAAUACCUGAGCUGGAGGAUAAGCCAGUGGAAAGUCAGGCUAAGCAGGUCCAUGAGAUAAUCAGCUCUGAAGAAACUCUAUCAGAAAGCCAAGAUACAGUGGUCGAAGUAGACAAGAAACAGGCAGAAAGUGAAAAUGAGGGUACCAGUAAUAUAAACAGCACAGAGGAAACAAAAGUCAAAGACUCUGGAAAAGAUAUUGUAGACCAGAAGGCAUUACAGAACAAACCUGAGGAUAUUCCUGAUAAACUGGUGGAUAAACUGACUGGUAUGGACCAAAAUUCAGGAGAGCACGGACCUGAGAACAUACAGGAAACCAGCAUCCAGGUAGACAAAGAACAUCCAGCAGUUUCCUCAGAUGAAAUCACGAAGAAUAAGCUUCAAGACACUGUCAGUGAACAAGCUGAUGACUCUGAAGUCACUCCAGUCCCCAGUAUUAGUAUUAGCACUGAAGAAAAUGAGAAGGUCAAAACAGAUAAUCAAGGCAAUACUGAGACUUUACAGCAACUGGAAUCGGAGAAUUUGAAGGAAAAUGAUGCAGAUUCAGGCACUGGUUCUACAGCUGAUAACAGCAGCAUUGAUUUGAACUUGUCCAUUUCUAGUUUCCUUAGUAAAAACAAAGAGACAGGAUCAAUAUCUUUACAGGAAACUAGAAGACAGAAGAAAACGUUAAAGAAAACUCGGAAGUUUGUCGUUGAUGGAGUAGAAGUGAGUGUAACCACAUCAAAAAUAGUUACUGAAAAUGAUUCAAAAAGUGAAGAAAUGCGAUUUCUACGACGUCAAGAGCUCAGAGAGCUGAGACUUCUUCAGAAAGAGGAGCAGAGAGCCCAACAACAGCUCAGCAAUAAGCUUCUGCAGCAGCGAGAGCAGAUGUACAGACGUUUUGAACAGGAAAUGACAAGUAAAAAGCGCCAGUAUGAUCAGGAGAUAGAGAACCUGGAAAAGCAGCAGAAGCAGACGAUCGAGCGCCUGGAGCAGGAGCACACAAAUCGCUUACGGGAUGAAGCAAAGCGCAUCAAGGCUGAGCAGGAGAAGGAGUUGUCCAAAUUCCAGAAUGUGCUGAAAAACAAAAAAAAAGAGGUUUUAUGUGAAGUGGAGAAAGCACCAAAAGAGCUGAGAAAAGAGCUCAUGAAACGCAAGAAAGAGGAGCUUGCACAAAGCCAGCAUGCUCAGGAGCAGGAGUUUGUGCAGAAACAGCAACAAGAACUGGAUGCAUCUCUGAAGAAAAUAAUUCAGCAGCAGAAGACAGAACUGGCCACUAUUGAACGAGAUUGCCUCAACAACAAACAGCAGCUCAUGAGAGCUCGUGAAGCUGCAUUCUGGGAGCUGGAGGAGCGGCACCUACAGGAGAAACACCAGCUCCUCAAGCAGCAGCUCAAGGAUCAGUACUUCAUGCAGAGGCACCAGCUGCUUAAGAGGCAUGAAAAAGAAACAGAACAAAUGCAGAGGUAUAAUCAACGCCUUAUAGAGGAGUUAAAGAACAAGCAAACUCAGGAAAGAGCCAGACUGCCUAAAAUCCAGCGAAGUGAAGCAAAGACUCGGAUGGCCAUGUUUAAGAAAAGUUUAAGAAUCAAUUCAUUUGCCUCUCCAGACCAAGAUCGUGAAAAAAUUAAGCAGUUUGCUGUUCAAGAAGAAAAGAGGCAGAAGAAUGAGAGACUGGCACAGCAUCAGAAACAUGAAAACCAAAUGCGGGACCUUCAGUUGCAGUGUGAAGCAAACAUCAGGGAACUGCAUCAGUUACAGAAUGAAAAAUGCCAUCUACUGGUUGAGCAUGAGACUCAGAAGCUAAAAGAGCUGGAUGAAGAGCACAGUCAAGAACUGAAGGAAUGGAGAGAGAAAUUGAGACCAAGAAAAAAGAUGCUGGAAGAAGAAUUUGCCAGAAAACUGCAGGAACAGGAAGUUUUCUUUAAAAUGACUGGAGAAUCUGAAUGCCUUAAUCCUUCAACACAAAGCCGGAUUUCCAAAUUCUACCCAAUCCCCAGUCUUCACUCCACUGGGUCGUAACUCUGGGAACUUCUGUAGGUUUUUUGGUGUUUGGAAUUCUCCCUCCUUACGGUCUAACCUGACUUACCCGCGGCGUAUGAACAUCGGGGACCUCGCCUGUCUUGUUUUCAGUGGAGACAAUCAGUGUCAGGAGCGCUUUCUUCACUCCCCUGAACAGAAGAAACAAACCAAGUGUUGGUGUACAGUGGUAUUGUUACGUCCUUCAGAUGUUUCAAGACUAAGUGGGCUUUUUAUCCCAGUCUCUAAAAGUGCGUUACCUACGGUUUUGACUUUAAGCCUGAAAUAUUAAUAUGCUCUUUCUCAUCAUAAAAAAAAUUAUUUCUCAUCUGAACAUUUAAAUGGUGUAAUAUUGUUCUGCUACUGUUUUUAAGCAUCAGAUUUCUCCAUGAGAGAAUUCCACACAAUUGAAACUGCCAUGAGAGGUUUAAAAUUUUAUAAUGUGAGCAGUGUCUUCAUGGCAAGGACUGAAACUAAUUACUAAUAACAUGCCAGUAAUCAGAAAAACAAACCCUUAUGUUUAAACACAGUUGGCAAAAGCAAAAGCCUUUGCAACUUCUUUCGAAAGAAACCUCUGGCAUAAAUUAAACUGAGCUGAUCUCCAUUACAUGUUUUGUCCAUUAGUUCCAUAAUGAAAUGGGGUGCUAGUUUAAUUAAUACAGUGCCUGAAACACUUAGAUAUGCUGAUCCUGGCAACAGGAUACUGUUUUGUCAUUUAAAAACACAAAACUCCUUAGCGUUGCUGUUACUGUACAAAACAAGAUUUCUUGCUGCUACUGCCAUUUUUGUUGUAAAUCCUCACCCUAAAAUAUUUUGCACUAAAAUAUGUAAAGGUGAAAGAAAUGCUAACUUUAAAAUGCACAGUUUAUUAUUUUCUUUAGCUAUUACAUACAGGUGGUUAGUUCUACAAAUUGAAAAACUGUAGAAUGUAUUUUUUAGAAAGCGGUGUGCAAAAUGCACAUGGUUUCUCUAACUGUACCUGGAAUGGGUAGAGCCAUUGUUCUGUUCUUACCAAAGUCUGUUCAUUUGAACUCCAUCACAGAAGUGGAAGUGGAUGGUCAUAUUUAUAAAUAACCAUGGCUAAAGUCUGAUUUCACUAGAAGUGUUAGUUUCAUUAUUUUUUAUUUUAGUCAUUUUAUUUUAAGGAAAGAUUUAAGUUAAAUAUACAGACAAACUCCUUUAUGAAGCUGGGUGUUUUGCUUUUGUGUUGCCACCUACUAACAUAGGCAGGUUUUAUUUUUUGAGUUCCUAGAUGUACCAUAAGUUAUUUGCCUGACUGAUCUGUAGUGGGAAAUCUGAACUGUGUCUCCUAUAGCGGGGUAGGGAAAUACAGCUGUAUUAGGUCACUUUUGCUGCACUCCUUUUGGUGGAUGGAGGUUGAGUCAUAUCAAGACAGUGUUACAAGCUGUACUUGGGUAUGUUGGAGCUUCAUUUGUAAAAUAGUAUUUGCUUUCUGUCUUUUGAGGCCUGACUUUCUCUGAUAUCUUUGGGCAUCAAUUGCACCCGUUUUGUUUGCUUGCUUUGACUGUGCAACUGGUGCCCAUUCCAUGGCGUUCAUUUCAUGGGAACAGUGUUACUGCAUGGCAAUGAACUCAGAAAUUAACAUAGGACUUUAAUCAGCUCUGGUUGAAACCUUGGAUGCUGAAAUCCUUGGACAUUGAACCAUUAUCUUCUUUCUCAAUGAAGACACUUAAUUUACAGCACAGUAAAAAGAAAAUUGGAAAAUGCAUGUUUUAAUUUAAAUUUUGUAACUUUUUGAUAGCAUAAUUACUUUAAUAGCUAGCCUUAAUUUCUGGCAUUUUAUUAUUUUAAAUGUGUAUUGUGUACUGUUGUAAACUCACACACCAUAUCUCUAGAAUGUUCUUCGUUGCUAAAUGCAAAGUUUUUUGAAUUGUUUGUUUAGUAGGGAGAAACAAGUCUUUGAAGACCUUUUGCUUUUUAAGCUCCACCUUCAUAAAUUGACUGUUACUAAGAUAACAUUAAAUAAUCUUCAUCUCUAUUUAACAGAAUUUGUUUGCAAUUUCAUAUGAAGUAGGCUCAGUGCUUUACCUGGGGAGUAGGCAGGGCAGGCAGAUUUCCUCUUCUGGAUUAUGUCUACAUUCAUCCCCAUUAAAUCCUCACAGGGAAACGUUAAUAAUCUUCUCCUUUCGUUUUGGUAGUUUCAGUGAUACAUAUGAUAUGUAUUGGCAUUCUGUUUACCUCUGUCUGAAUCUCUUACAUCUUUUAUUUGAAGAUCCUUUUCACACAGGCCCUGCAAUCUGAUCUCAUUGUAAAUUGCACAAAUAACUGUAACUGAGCUCUGGGAUGAAGGGAGGGAUCAAAUGUGGCAAUGGAAGCCUUGCUCAGGUCUCCAGGUGGGGAGCCCUGUGAAGCACUUGCAGCCUUGUGAACUGGGCUUAGAACUGAUACCAAGCACAAAAAUAUGUUUACUGAGUGAUAACAAGAACUAGCAUGGAUACUUACACAUUUAGACUGACAAAAUUGGGUUUAAGUGUUGCAGAAUAUGAGAGAGGUGUUACAAUAUUGUAUCAGUGUCGGAAUAUUCAAUUCAAUUUAAUUUAGUCUCACAUAGGCCUAAAAGACAUCUCCUGAGAUGUGAAAUCCAAUCUUGGUACUAUCUCACGUCACCUCCCUAAUGAAUGUUAGUAGCUCCAUCUCCAGGAUGGUAAAAUGUGUUUUCUGCAGCCAAAACAAUGUACUUACUUACAAAUUCUUACUGUUUGGCAGAUCUCAUUGUCCCCACACACUCCUCCAAAGCUGACCACAAAUCAGUAUUUGCUCACCAUUCUGUUUUGCUACAUUGUAAAUUCUGUCCACAGGAAAACGAGAAAAGGCAAUAAAUCCCUGGAUUGCAGUGCUGUGUGUGGGUUGUCCUCCUGUGUUUACAAUUGAUCCUCGUGAAAAAUCUGCCUGCAGGGCCUCAGCCUCACACCAUGUACUUCCCAAGCUCAGAAAGUGCAUUUUGCAUUGCUGAAGGCAUCCAGGGAGAUUGGGGGCUAAAGGUCUUCAGGAGCACCUGCUACCUGUUUUUAAGAGAUUCUGGCUGAGGAGGGGUUACCAACCCAGCAGAAAAUGGGCUGUGGCAGCUCUUGAUCUUCUGACGUUCCAGGGGAACAUUUGCUUAUUUUAUGAAAAAGAAACUCCAGCAUUUGAUCCUCUCUGAUCCUCAUAAAACACAUUUUCCUGCUCCAAGCACUCUGCUGUUGCUGGUGUAUACAUGAGAACUAUAUACAGCAUGUACAGAUAUAAUAACUGAAGUUGUUAUUCAUAUGAUCAAUUAUGUAGGUCCUGAUUUAUAAACACCUUCUGAAGGAAAACGUUUAUUUGAAUUGGCAUCGAAUUCUAAUUCCCUGCUGGCAGGGCUGCACUGUCCUGACCAUCAGCAUUCACCCAAGAGUGAUUUUUCACAUCACAUUAAAAGCUGAUGUUCUGAGCUGCAUCCUUUUUUCCAGGUAAUCUUUUAAGCUAAUAUUCUUUUAAAAUGGCAUUCACAGAUACUCAGUUAUCUGAUCUAUCACACAGUUAAAGAAAUUAUUCUUCUAUCCCAGAGGACUUUAUGAUAACUAUUCUACUGAAUUAUUAUCCUUAAAAAUUGGAAACAUAGUACCUUAGCUAAGCAAAGCAGCAAUGGAAUCGCUUUUGUCACACCAUGUCUUUUGUGACAGCAGUAUCACAUAGGAAGUUUGAUUCUUCAAUUGAAAUAGUCUCUGCCUUGCAAGUAUUUCAAGCUUGCUUUGGUAUAGGAAAGAUUCAAAUAGGUGGUUUAAAUUCAGGCACUUUAGUCCACUUUUAGUUAGCCGGAUUUUCAGAGCUGUUGUGCCGCUGUAGCUCCCAGGACCUCAGAAAUACAUCAUUGUUGAAAACUGAAAUGUACAAAUAAGCUUGGUGCUAGUUGCUUCCACUGACCUACUGCUUCUUGGUUCAUCUGCUGUGGGGAAGAGGGGCAGUGACUUGUUGGAGGAAAGGGCGGGGGGGAGUGUUUAGGGCCAUCACUGUGUCAAUAAGUUUGAUGUUAGCAUUUACACUCUUGUCAUUUCACAUCAAAAUCUGUAUUUCUGAAUCUCUGAAACUUGUGUUGAUGUGUCCGUGCAAAUUUCACAUUCCCAGGCUACUUCUGCCAUCUUCACAGCAGUUGAAGUAAGAUUAAAGACAAUUAACCUUCCUUGUUCACAGGCAAGCCAAGGCCAGGAUGCCCCAUCAUUUCUCAGUCUUGCAAAAGAUGAGAACAGAUAAAGGGAAGGAGAAGACAAAGGAAAUUACAGUGGUUCUUUUACAGAACUUUUACUUGUUCUGCAUCUCUUUUCCCCAGCUCAGUCCUCGUGCUUUGUUUGUUGUAGCUCCUUUGCACAUCCGGUGUCUGGGCAGUCAGUGAUGCCCGAGGAAAACCCCUUAAGCAAAAACAUGCUCAUGCCCAACCCAUGAGAAAUGGCUCAUGUGCUUUCCCUGUACUGAAAGCAGAAGGGAGUAGCUGAGUCCAGGGUUACCCUGAUUUAACAGUCUUCCACACUUACAAUUAGGUGGUAAAGCUUCUUUGGUAAUGAGAAUCAGUCCUAAAAUGGUGGAAAGAACAGAAACUAGGAAGGGACAUGGAGUGUUGUACUGCCAUCCCAUUUUCUGUCAGGAAGCCAAGCAGAGCCGGAGCAUCCUGUGACAAAACACAUGCCUGAGGCACUGCCGGCCUCCCUCGUGUUCUCCCAGCAGUUUGUUGAAUGUUUUGUGUUAACUGCAAACAAAGUUAUUUUUGCCUUACAGAAAGCAACCAAAAAUCAUGAGAUAGAUGAAUAAUUGGAUAAGGGUCUCUGUACAGCUUGUGUAAGUGAACUUGCAGUAGCAGCCAUACAACAGUUUUGGGAGUUUUUGUCUUGUUUUUCAAAGUAAUUUGAUUUCGUGGCUUUCUGUAGAAUAUUGUAAUAAUCCUGCUGUAAAUACAAUAAAAUCACAGUUUGCUGAGAUCA